AUGACAGUAAUAACAACACCAACCACCCAAUCUGGGGUAGAAGGACGCAAGUCGGAUCCUUUCGUGGCUCACAAGGACGAUUUGGCCGUGGAUAAGCCCAAGAGUGGUUGUUCCACCUUUCGCGCCACCGUCCUCUCGGUAUUUCUGGCCAUUCAAUUGUACAUGGGUUCCACUUAUGCGCACGAGCAUUUCCUGCGGAGUCUCUCCUCGUGGGACACUCAGUGGAGGCGACAAGCCGAGGAAACAACAGCGGCUGUCCAUCUACCCCGCAUUUUGCACACGGUCCACCCCCUUGUUUCCCAAUACCACUACAACAGUACCUUUAGUCCCUACUAUCACUGUCACAAAGACGAUCGAGUCGACUUGCCUCCUCCCAUUGCCCGCGUUCUCAACUACACGACCCGCGUCACUACCGACCUCAGACUCUUACUCAUGGGCGAUUCGGUCGGCAUUCAAAUGUUUCAAUAUUUCGAAGAAGCCGCUGGUGGCAGUGCCAGAAAUGUCCUGCAGUAUUCCUGGGGGAAACACGAAGGCAUUGUCUUGAACACGCAACUCCGUGGGGGUGGUCAAUUGGCCGGAUGGAGAAUCACAGGCAUGUUCUCCCACAAGGGUGAAAAUCAGGCGAGCCAAUUGCCAAACAACGUGGGUGGAGGAUGGAUGCGGGCGGAUGCCGACAGACUCUUGAAUCUGUCAGCCCAAGCCGUGUGGAAUCGACCACAAGUGACGGAACGACAAUUGGCAGAUGGAGCUGGCUUGUUUGACGCCAUGGUUUUUCGAAUUCCCCAGGGCUGGAUGGACACGAAGGACGUGACACAAGAGGCAUUCCAGGAUACCAUCCUCACCGCCCACAGUGUGUUUGGGGUUUCCACCGUGGUCUUUGUCUCCUUGCCCCUUGUCAACAACGUCCAAACAGUGGCCGAUUUCGAGGAACUCCAUCGGAAGAAUCAACAAUUGAAACAAUACGCGCAUGCCUGGAAUACUAAUGCGACAACCACCACAACCACAAUUCGUGUGCUCGUACUCGACUUUGGUCACUUGAUGAAUCAACUGUUGGAGCUCAACGCCCGGGGGCUGGGAUACGACACGUCCAAUCUCAAUUAUACCUUGGAUCAUCUCAAGGGUAGACAAUUGCCAUCCUCCAUUCCACUCGUCUGUGCCGAACGGCAAAAGGAGGGAGCCAAGAAAUGUUCGGUGCGAAAUAAGAUUGCCGUGGAUGGCAUGCAUUGGUGUUUUGACACCAUGGGGGGAAGGGUCGUGGCUGGAAUUUCGUGUCUACUGGAAUGUGCCUACAAUCAUGACAACGAGAAGAGUGCCAGUUUUCUUCGACAAUGUCAGAACCAAUGCAAUCAGAGACAUAUGGAUAUAUCAUCCUCGGUAUACUAA